AUGGCGCAUGUCAACGGCUCCCAGAACGGCAAUGGCAAUGGCGUCGACCAGCCUCAUACCAAUGGCAAGUCGUUGCAUCUGAAGAAGGCCUCCCGCAAGCUUUCCAGCCCAAUGAUGCCAGCCUUCAUGGUCUCUGCUCCCGGCAAGGUCAUUGUUUUCGGCGAGCAUGCGGUCGUCCACGGCAAGGCAGCCAUUGCUGCGGCCACUUCUCUCCGGUCAUAUCUCCUGGUCACCACUCUGUCGAAAUCAAAACGAACCGUAUCCCUGAUAUUCCCCGACGUGGACAUGUCGCACACGUGGGACAUCGACCAACUGCCGUGGGCGACAUUCUCCCACCCGUCCAAGAAGAAGAACUACUACGACCUCGUCACCAGCCUCGACCCCGACCUGAUCGCUGCGAUCCAGCCUCACUUGGUCGACAUAUCCCCAGACAAGCCCGACGCUGUGCGCAAGAUACACCGAAAUUCGGCGCUUGCAUUCCUGUACAUCUUCUUGUCUCUAGGCAACCAAUCAUUCCCGGGCUGUUCAUAUACAUUGCGGUCUACAAUACCAAUUGGCGCAGGUCUUGGAAGCAGCGGCUCAAUCGCCGUUUGUCUCGCCGCCGCUCUGCUUUUACAAUUACGAGCACUUUCCGGGCCCCACCCCGAUCAGCCUGAGGAGGAAGCCCGGCUACAGGUGGAAAGGAUCAACAGGUGGGCAUUCGUGGGUGAGAUGGCCAUACACGGGAACCCGUCUGGUGUCGACAAUACAGUGUCCACGCAAGGGAAGGCCGUUGUAUUCCAGCGGACGGACUACAGCAAGGCCCCCGAGGUGCGCCCACUGUGGGACUUCCCAGAGCUUCCCCUGCUGCUGGUAAACACCAAGCAGUCACGGUCGACGGCGCAGGAGGUCGCAAAGGUCGCAAAGCUCAAGGACAAGCAUCCAAAGCUCGUGGGUGGGAUCCUGGACACCAUUGAUAAGAUCACGAAGACGGCAGAAGGGCUGAUCGAAGAGGACGGUUUCGAAAGCAAGGACAUGGAGAGCCUGCGUAAGCUGGGCGAACUGAUGACCGUGAACCACGGCCAGCUGCUGUCGCUCGGCGUCUCACAUCCUAGGCUGGAGAGGAUACGAGCUUUGGUUGAUCACGAGGAUAUUGGCUGGACGAAACUGACAGGAGCCGGAGGUGGGGGUUGUUCGAUCACACUCCUACGGCCUGACGCCCCACGAGAGAAGCUCGAGCGCCUGGAAGAGCAGUUUGGGGAGGAGGGAUACGAGAAAUUUGAGACGACACUGGGCGGCGAUGGCGUCGGCGUCCUCUUCCCCGCGGUCAUCAAGAAUGGGAUGGACGAGGACGAGGACGGCGGCAUGGAGAUCGACCUGGACCUGUUCCUCAACGUUGAGGGUAACGAGGGCGUGGAAAAGCUUGUAGGGGUCCAUGGAGGUGCGGGCGAAAGGGAAGGCUGGAAAUUUUGGAGGGUAGAGUCGCACUAA